UGACGGAGAGACGGAAGAAUAUCAAGUGUGUAGUCGUGGGAGAUGGAGCAGUAGGGAAGACAUGUUUGUUGACAAGCUUUGUGCACCACACAUUCCCAGAAGAUUACGUUCCAACAAUAUUUGACAACACAUCCAUAGAAAUCACAGUCGAUGGCACAGAUGUGAUCCUAGCAUUAUGGGACACCGCUGGCCAGGAGGAUUAUGACAGAUUACGGCCCUUGUCCUAUCCCGGUGCAGACGUAUUCCUCCUCUGUUUUGCUUUAAAUCACCGAACCAGUGCGGAUAACAUCAAGGCCAAGUGGGAGCCAGAGCUCCACUAUCACUGCCCCCAUGCUCCAAUUGUGCUUGUUGGAACCAAGAUGGACAUGAGACAAAACAAAGACAAAGAUACAGACCCAAAGCAGAUAAUUUCCAGAGCAGAAGGGACCAGAAUGGGCAAGGCCAUCAAAGCAUACAGGUAUCUAGAAUGUUCUGCCCGGACACAGGAAGGUCUAAAGGAGGUAUUUGAUGAGGUCGUGAGGUCAACACUGGGACACAAACCAUCCAGUAAAAGCAAACGUCCCAACUGUUCAUCAUUAUAA